AUGGCUGUCGAUCUCCUCUCGCCACAGGCCCUCGCCACCGUUCUCAUAAGUGCGGUCUCCCUCAUCGUAUGGAGGCUGACUGUGGGUGGGUUUGGCAGCCGCAAGUACAAACUCCCUCCGCUCGUUGAAUACAAAUGGCCGAUCCUUGGCUCCACUUUCGAUUUCAUCAAAGACCCCACUGCCUUUACAGUCAAUUCGUAUGAGAAAUAUGGCCCUGUCUUCCGGGUGUACUUCCGUGGCUACGUCCAGGCCGUAGUCGGGAAGGAACACGUCCGCGAUAUCUUCCUGAACCCCGCCUUCAGCUACGAGGAAGCCGUGAAGGACGAGUUCCGCCUUGCAGAUAUGCUCGGAACGUCACAGACGGACCUCGAGCCACAUCGCCUUUUCGCGGUCAUCAUCACACCGUUCCUCGCGCGCUUCAUCCCCGUUCUCUCAAACGUGCUCACACGCGGCUUUGACCGCGGCGUGGGCGCGGACAUCCAGGCGCCUUUGCAAGUCGAGAGCCCGUCGAAUCUGAUUAUGGACGUGAUUGCACGGGCCACAACCGUCUGUUUCUUUGGCGAGGAACUCGGCACCAAUAGCGAGCUUAUCCCUGUCUACAAAGACUUUGCGGCGUCCAUCGGGCACUUCGUUAACCGCAAAAGCCCGGUGCUCGCUCUGCUCCCGUCAGUUGCUAAGCUGUACAUGUGGGUUAAGUUCAACCUAUCCUCGCCUACCGCGGUAUAUCGUGCCAAGGUGCUGCAAUACACAAUGCCCAUCGUCCAUGAGCGGCGGCGGCUCAUGAAAGAGCUCGGUGACGAGUAUGACCCACCGCUCGACUCCCUGCAGGCAUAUCUCAACACCGUCCCGCUGGACCAGCCAGUCAACGAGCACGAGCUCGCCACCAUGAUGCUCACGCUGGUCUUCUUCUCGAUCCACACGACGACGAAGCGCACGACGAUCUGCCUCUACAACCUCGCGAAGUACCCGCAGUACGUGCCUGAGCUCCUCGAGGAGCAGCGCGCGGUGCUCGGCGACGACUGGGCGGAUGGCACAGUCACCCUCGACCAGCUCAAGAACCUCAGCAAGCUCGACAGCUUCAUCCGCGAGAGUCUGCGCACGAGCGGCCGCAGCAUCGCGCUCCCGCACAAGAUCGUUGGUAUGGACGAGUGGCACCUCCCUGGCGGAUAUGUCCUCCCCAAGGGAACGGUCGUGAAUAUCAACACGGAGGACGUGUACUACUCCCCGGAGCUGCAAGGCCCUAACCCGAGAGAGUUCAAUGCAUGGCGAUUCGUCGGGACAGACAAGGGCGCUGCGCGCAUUGGCCCGGACAUGAUUGCGUUUGGUCUAGGGCGCCAUGCGUGCCCUGGCCGCUUCUUCGCGGUGCACGAGAUGAAGAUCGCGCUAAGCCUCAUCCUAAAGCGCUACAGUGUCAGGUUCCCGGACGGAGCGAAGCCCACAGACGGCUCACCGCUUUUGUUUACUCCUCGCAAGACUGCCUAA